AUGCAGCUAGAUUUGAUCACGAAAGAACGAUAUGUGGCAUCCGAUCCGAGACAGAAAUCUGAGCCAGCUAGACCGAGACAGCCGGCUAGAGACAGCGGGUCCAGUACAGCCAAUUCGAGACCGCCGGUCCGAGACAGCGGCACCAAGAGAGCCAAUCUGAGACCGCCGAGACAGCGGAGUCAGCCGAUCCGCGGCCGU